AUGGCCGAGUCCAACCCGCUGCGGGGCUUCCCCCGCCUGCGCCGGGCCGCGACCUCAUUUCCUGGUAAUCUACACUUGGUGUUGGUGCUCCGCCCCACCAGCUUGUUAGGCUCUGCCCCCAGUCCGUCCUCAAGCACUGACCUGGGCUUUCGCUUCAGCCAGGAUGACUUCCUGUUAAAGAUGCCGGUGGUGAUGCUGCGUUCAGUUGGCGACCUGCUGCGCUACAUCGAUGAAAACCACUUGACAUCCGACUUCACUGCAAAAGUGGAGUAUUGCCAGAGUGACUGGAUCGUCCUCCGCACGGCCAUUGAGACCUUUGCAGUGACCGUGAAGGAGAUCGCCCAGCUGCUGCAGGGCUUUGGAUCAGAGCUGUCUGAGACCGAGCUACCAGAUGAAGCUAAUGCCAUUGAAUUCCUGCUGCACUCACACACCCACCGAUACCGACAGAUGAAGGACGACAUCCGCAGUGUGCUAAAGGAAGGACGUCUGCUGUCGUCCAACUUGGAAACUGUCAAGGCCUCUAAGAGAGACAUAGAGGAGGAGAGGGAGAUACAAUCAGACAUGGACACUGUGCAGAGGCUCCUGUCCCAGCUCAGAGACAUGGAGGAGGCGUUUGAUGGCUUCUUUGAGAAACAUCACCUGAAGCUGCAGCAGUACCUCCAGCUGCUGCACUACGAAAUUAGUUUCCAGCAGAUGGAGGAGGUGCUGGAGCGGCUCUCUGCCCAGGAGAAGGGUAUUGCCUCUUUGGGAACCACAGUGGUUCAGACAGAACAGCUACUUAGAGACCUGGAGAUGCUGGACAAACAUGCCGAGGAGGAGAUGGCUCGUGCCCAGGUGGUGAUCCUGCACGGCCACCAGUUGGCUGCCAACCACCACUACGCUCUGGCACUCAUCAUCCAGCGCUGCAACGAGCUGCGACAUCUCUGUGAUGUCAUCACCACUGCCAUUCGCACCAAGCGGGCCUCGCUCACUCGAACACGAGACCUGCUGCUCCGCCUCGAAGAGGCCCUUCGGUGGUGUGACGAAGGCGCCUAUCUGCUGGCGAGUCAGAUGGUGGACAAGUUCCAAACCAGAGAAGGAGCUCAGGAGGCGCUGCAGUACCUGAGCUGCCACCAGGAGAGGGCGCCGUCCGCACUGAAAAACAGCCAGGACACCCUGAGCCUGGAGUUUGAAGCCAUACUCACCCCACAGCUGCAGUCCCAGGUCUCCAUGGUAACAGAGAAGCUGAACUCGAUGCAGUCCAUGAUCAGGAACAGAGAGCAGUGUUUGAGGAAGCUGGCAGAUAUGCAGGUCCGACCCAUACAGCUGGUGGCGCCUCGGCCAGAGCCGGACCAGACCUCAAUGCGCUGCAAGUCACCCCUCUUCUCCCCCAAACAUGGUGUUGACUUUAAUGUCUUAAACUCCAAGUUUUCUUUCGACCUGCUUCCUGGCAAGAGAGCCGCAAGGAGGAACAACAGCCAACGCAAGAUCGAGGUGAUGCAUGAUUACCAAGGCAACCGCAGCUGUCUGUAUGGCUCCACAACUGAAACUGAUUCAGAGGCCGAGGACAAUCCAGAGCAGGUCACACGCCAUGUCAUGAAGGAGCUGAUAGCUACAGAGAGGAUCUAUGUGGACGAAUUGCUCUCUGUCCUUCUGGGCUACAGGGCAGAAAUGGAGGACCCCUCCGUUUCCAAUCUUCUUCCUUCAGCCCUGCGGUGCCAGAAGGACGUUCUGUUCGGCAACAUGCCAGAGAUUUACCAGUUCCACAGCAGGAUCUUUCUCCAAGAUCUGCAGGGUUGCCUGGAGACACCAGAGAGGGUGGGGGCCUGCUUCCUGCAACGGAAGGAGAAGUUCCAGGUGUAUGAACGUUACUGCCAAAACAAGCCUCGCUCUGAGUUGCUAUGGAGACAGUGCGCUGAUUCGCCCUUCUUUCAGGAGUGCCAGAAGAAGCUGGACCACAAGUUGGGUCUGGACUCAUACCUGCUGAAACCAGUCCAGCGCCUCACCAAGUACCAGCUAUUACUCAAGGAGCUUUUGAAGCACUGUGUGGAGGAACAUUACCGCUGUGAGCUCCGGGAGGCUCUGGACUCCAUGUUGGAGCUGCUGAAGUCUGUCAACGACUCAAUGCAUCAGAUAGCCAUCACAGGAUAUCAGGGUGAUCUCGGCCAGCUGGGCCGUGUGGUGAUGCAGGGGGGCUUCAGCGUGUGGAUAAGCCAUAAAAGAGCAGCAGUGCGGAUGAAGGAGCUGGCCAGAUUCAAACCCAUGCAGAGACAUCUCUUUCUCUACGAGCACGCGCUGCUCUUCUGCAAGCGCAGGGACGAGGACAACCAUGACCGGACGCCGUUCUACAGCUUCAAAUCCUGCCUCAGAAUGACUGCAGUGGGAAUCACAGAAACUGUGAAAGGAGAUGUGAAGAAAUUUGAAAUCUGGUACAGCGGCAGGGAAGUGGUGUACAUAGUUCAGGCUCCUACAGUGGAGGUCAAAGUCGCCUGGCUGACGGAGAUUCGAAAAAUUCUCACCAACCAGCAGAGACUACGUCAAGAUGAGGCUCCUUCUCUUCCACUUUCAGACAACCCUCUCUCUGACAGCUCCUCGACAACAAGCCACUCCCACAGGAUGAAAGGGGAGGAGUCACUGUACACUAGCCCCGCCCACUCAGACCCUGUGGUUCAUUCACCACGGCGCAGUUGGCCUGUUCCUGCUCACUCAGUGGCGAUCUGUGAAGGCCUGGAGGACUGGGGCGCUACAGACCUCUCCACCUUAUCAGACUCAGAUGACGAGGAUCAGCCUGCUCCACUGGUGGCCGGCAGGUACAGAGUCAUGGUGGAGAGCAGCAUGGCCAGCACUGACGACAUCAUCUUCAACUGUGGUGAUGUCAUCCAGCUUCUGCAUGAGGAAUCGUCAGGAAUGUGGAUGGUGAGGAAUAUAAGUCGUGGCGAAGAAGGCCGCGUCCUACCCGAAGACCUGCACAGGAUUCUGGGAGAAACCUGCUGAGAACCAAUCAGAACGGACGAUAGAUGACACAGUGUUCAUGAUGUGUGUCUCGUCUUCUCCUGUGUUUGUCGCUUAUUUGACUCACUUUAUGCCUCAAUACCUUCCACACACAGACUCAUAUAUUCCAUCAGCUUCCG